AUGUCAAUUGCCAGCACAAUGAAAGCCGUUUACGUCAAUGAACAAGGCGGUGUUGAUAACUUGAUUUAUAACGAUAUCCCCGUUCCCAAGGUCGAUGAGAACUCUGUUCUGGUCAAGAAUCGCUUUGUAGGUGUGAAUUACAUUGAUACUUAUCAAAGAGGUGGUGUCUAUCCUGUCGCCUUGCCUUUUACUCUCGGCCGUGAAGGUGCAGGUGAUGUCGUCCAAGUGGGCGCCAAUGUUAAGGACUUUAAGGUUGGCGAUCGCGUUGUAUAUCUGGGUGGUGCUACUUAUGCUGAAUACACCAAUGUCACAUCCAGUGCUGUCGAAAAGUUGAGUGAUGAAGUUACCUACGAAGAAGCUGCUGCUAUCGGUAUCCAAGCAUUGACUGCUUGGACAAUGGUUCGUGAUGGUUAUCGUGUUAAGAAGGGGGACACUAUCUUGGUUCAUGCAGCAGCCGGUGGUGUUGGCUUGUUAUUGUGUCAAAUGAUUCAUCAUCUUGGCGCUACUGUCAUUGGCACUGUAAGCACUGACGAAAAGGCUGCUCUUGCUCGCGAAAAUGGUGCUGAUCAUGUCAUUGUCUACACUCGUGAAAAUGUUGUUGACCGUGUUAACGAGAUCACAAAUGGUUUGGGAUGCCAUGCUGUCUUGGAUGGUGUUGGAAAGUCAACUUGGGAGGACUCUCUUGCCUCUACUCGCCGUUUAGGUACAUUGAUUUCAUUUGGUAACGCAUCUGGUGUUGUCCCUCCUAUCAAAAUCCAAUGCUUAACAGCCAAGAAUUUGAAAUUGAUGAGACCUCAAUUGUUUGCUUACCUUGCUACUCGCGAAGAGUCUCAAAAAUGGUGGAGCGAAGUCUUUGAUUUAUUGAGCAACAAGGUGAUCAAGUUGCAUAUCCAUAAAGUUUAUGACUUGAAGGAUGCUAAGCAAGCUCAUAUUGACAUUGAGAGUAGAAAAACUACUGGUAAACUUUUGAUCAAGCUCUAA